AUGGACGAUUUCUUCCGAUCCCAACAAAGCCCUCGAGGCGACUCGCAGCUGAACUCGUCGGCCUUUGUCUCGCCUCCCCGAAAUGGCCCUAUGCUGCCACGCCGGUUCACCACCGACUCCAGCCGUGUACCAACACUGUCUGCCAUCACAACUCAGCGCGCCCCUGAACCCCAAGAGUUCCCCGGAACAACGGCCCUGCACAAGGUUCAAUUGGUAUGCGGCCUCUCCCCCCACUCGGAUGCGGAUGUCGAGCCCCAGGGUGCAGCUGCCGAUGCUCAGCACUCGUUGAGCCUCAGCUUCAACCCCCCAAUCUCGGGAUAUUCUCUCUGGAUGUUCCCAGCCUGGGCUCUGGCGAUUCUAGAGAAGAAGAGGCUGGAAUAUGAGAGGCUUCGUGAGCAGAAGAGGCGGUUCGAGGCCGAGAUGCAUAAAUUAGACGCCCAGCAGCGUCAGGAAGAGCGGGAGCUUGCGCAGAUGCAGGAAGACCUUGGCCGUUUUGGUGGAAACGGUCUGGCCGGACAUCAGUCGGAACCCACCACCCCUCCCGAGUAUCGAGAGACCUCGUCCGGAUUCCCUACCAUGUUCUCACGCCCGAACCGCUACUCAACCUCGAGCCUGACGUCUCCACCGGGCCUGUACAACCGCCCAGGAAGGUCCGGCUCGCAGCUUGCCUCUCCCCCAGCCGGUAUCAUGCAGUCUCGAUUUGCUUUCGACGACCAACUGCCGUCCCGCUCCGUUCCAGGAUCGCGGAGAAACAGUGACGAGGACGAAAAGGAGGAAGCUGUCCGCCAGGACCCCACAAGUCAUAGAUCGACGAACGCCUUGAACCGCUACUCUAUGCCAGUCACUCGAUCCCGGAGCUACAUGGCUGAACUAAACAUCGACAACGGCCUUGACGGCAACAACACCACCGGUUUCCUGUUUGGGGACGAGGACUCCAACAAUACUGCCGAGAACAAGAACUUCCACCAGGCUAGCAACAUGGACAACUUCCCUACCUUGGUUCGACGAGAGGGCUUUCCCACUAUGUUGUCUGCGUCCUCUGCUGCCCUGGACCUUGCUCAGUCCCAAACCCCAAACACCACUGAGCAGCAGCCUUCUACCAACGGCUGGAACACCAACAUUAACCGUCAUCGACCUCGGCAGAGCCUCUCCACUCCUACCUCGACCCAGCUUAACGGGCCUAGCUCUGUUAGCUCUGGUCAGUCCAGCGAGGUCUCUACCAUUGGCAGUCGCUCCUCAACAAUCAGGCACUCAUUGGACAUGAAGUACUUCCCGGAAAACGCGUCAAACGCGUCUGACACCACGGCCUCCAUGGUGUCACCCUCUGGCAGCCAUAUCAUGGCCACCCCGCCCAAGCUGCAGCAGUCUUUCUCGGCCAAUGAUAUCCCUACCGUUAAGAACAGCAAUGGUACAUCGGCCCUCACUGCCAAUGCCAACAAUCAUGCCCAGCAGCACUUCCACAAUCACAAUGCCAGCCUCGGCCGCAUUCCUGCUGGUGCAGUGCCCAACCGCCAUAGCCGGGAGCUGUCCAAUGACAACACCAUGGCAGCUUCACGUGACACCUCAAACUAUCCCUCCAUUGGUUCAGCCUUGCACGCGAAUGCUGCUCCAUUUGGCCCCCCAUCGACUCAUGCCCAAUCCAGUGCGCCAUCUGUUCCUGCUGUGGCCUCGCACGCUGCGUCUGUUCCCUUCCAGUACUACAAUGGAGGAAACUACAAUGGUGCCAAUGGCAAUGGUCCCAACUAUGGCAUGCCAAUGCUUGCUAUGGCCAUGCAGGGUCUCUCGGUCAAUGGUGGCAACAGCCCGGCAACCAUGUACCCUCCCCAGAACUACACUGGCUACAACCCCCUCUACAACCAAGCUCCUCGUGUCCACCAGGACAGUCAGGCCCGGGUCAUCCAGAAUCGUCGUCAGAUGGACAAUGAAGCCAUGAGCCGGUACGUAAACUUGCCGCUCGAAUCGGUCGGUGGCACCAUCUACCAGCUCUGCAAGGACCAGCAUGGCUGCCGGUACCUCCAGAAGCAGCUGGAGAACCGCCUUCCCGAUCAGAUCCACAUGAUCUGGCUGGAGACCAACCAGCAUGUGGUCGAGCUCAUGACCGACCCUUUUGGCAACUACUUGUGCCAGAAGCUGCUGGAGUAUUGCAACGAUGAGGAGCGCACUGUCCUCAUCCAGAACGCUGCCCAGGAUAUGGUCCGGGUUGCUUUGAACCAGCAUGGCACUCGGGCCUUGCAGAAGAUGAUUGAGUUUGUCUCUUCUCCGACCCAGAUUGAGAUCAUCGUCGAUGCCCUUCGCUUCCGCGUUGUAGAGCUGAUCCAGGAUCUCAACGGCAAUCACGUCAUCCAGAAGUGCCUCAACAAGCUGAGCCCUGCUGAUGCCCAGUUCAUCUUCGACGCUGUUGGCACCAACUGCGUGGAUGUUGGCACCCAUCGUCAUGGCUGCUGUGUCCUGCAGCGCUGCAUCGACCAUGCCUCUGGCGACCAGAAAAUCUGGCUCAUCCAGAAGAUUACGGAGAACGCCGUUGCCCUCGUCCAGGAUCCUUUCGGAAACUACGUGGUCCAGUACAUCAUCGAUCUCAACGAGCCUGCCUUCACCGAACCUCUAGUCUCCACCUUCCGUGGCCGCAUCGGUGCCCUGUCUCGUCACAAGUUCAGCUCCAACGUGGUUGAGAAGUGCCUCCGCUGUGCUCAGGAUCCUUCCAAGGACUUGAUUGUCGACGAGCUCCUUGUGCCUGGCGAGAUGGAUCGUCUGUUGCGCGAUUCUUUCGCCAACUACGUCAUCCAGACCGCCCUAGAGUAUGCCACUCACUACAUGAAGCAUCGCCUGGUGGAGGUUAUUCGCCCCAGCCUACCCGGCAUUCGAUCCACUCCCUAUGGUCGUCGGAUUCAGGCCAAGGUCCAGGCCUACGACUCUCGCAGUGGUGCCAGUACGAGUGGCCAGGUCACUCCAUCUGAUGCCUCCCAGGGCCAGAUCCCCAUUCGCCCCGGCCACAGCCGUGCCAUGUCCAAUAACACGUCCAUUCUGGCCCCAGGUGGCUACGCCAAUGGCAUGAAUGGCGUUGCCAACCAUGCCCCUGGCUCGGCCUAUCCGGCUAGCAACAUCCUGACGGUGCCUCCUCCGCAGCCCCAGCGGGCCCAUCAGUACCCGCCUACUUUCCCUCGCCCUGGUGUCCAAACCGAGAACGGCGAGUCGCAGUGGCUCUGA